AUGAACCCAAGAUUUGCUGGAGUAGGAAAGCGUACAAAGAUCUUCUCCCAGUGGUUAUCUGCAACCACGCGAGUUCAAGCAUCGAAUGAAAGGUCUAACACCAAGGACGAUGUGAGGAAGGAGAACGAACUUCUGUGGACGGAGCUAGAUUCUCUUCAAAGGGAGCACAAGAAACUUAAACAAGUGGUUGAACAGCUGUCGCGUGACUAUGAGGAAAGCAAAUACUUUGACCCUUUGCGUCGUUAUGAAAAACUAAAAGGAAUGAUAAAACGGACGAUUUUGCACCUUCGUUUAAACCAGGAUGACAAGGGAUCAAGCUGUGGCAUCAGUGGAUUGAUACAGAGUUGUCGGGACUAUGCUCAUCAAGUCGAGGCGGGAAAAAGGCGCGAACAACACCAGUCGGCAAAUAUGUCGAAGCAGGAUAUUGCACAAGAAAACGAAACUCUCCGGAAUCAAGUUAAGGACAUGCGCAGAGAAUGCUCGGUGAUACGAGACAUAAUCAACCAGCUCGACCAGAACUACGAGUCAUCAAAACACUUCUCUCUGAUCCAACGGUACAGGGUAAUGAAGCUUAUGGUUAAAAAUGUGAUUCACGACCGUCUAGUGCAAUAG